UUUCGCAAGUGAACUUGAGCGAAACAUGGCAGCUUCCAUUAGGACACUUCUUAGAGUUCUCUGUGAGUCCACGCAUAAUAUUCAACAUGUUUCAAGGAGUCGAAUCAAACAUUCAUGCUGUAAUGCGGGAAUCACAGUAUGUCGAGGCUACAGUGGUGGCUCGGAAGGCAAAACUACACACUUUGGUUUCGAAACAGUGCCAGAGGAGGAGAAAGCAGAGAGAGUUUAUAAGGUGUUUGAAACUGUGGCCAAGAAAUAUGACGUGAUGAAUGAUGCCAUGAGUUUGGGAACACACCGCCUUUGGAAAGAUGCACUUCUGCACAUAAUGAAUCCUCAGCCUGGACUACGGCUACUGGACACAGCUGGUGGCACUGGUGACAUCUCUUUCCGCUUCCUGGAGUACACACGCUUGAUGUAUGAUCGUCAGCAGCGGCAAAGAGUGCGGUCCAUCCAGACGCCAUCAUGGCAGGAACUUUCCAAACAUUAUAAGACAGAUGAAGAAGGGCCUCGACAGUCCCGGGCGGUUGUGUGUGACAUCAACAAAGAGAUGCUUAAAGUCGGUAAACAGAGGGCAGAAAAAGCAGGAAUCAGCACAGGUAUCUCGUGGGUCGUGGGUGAUGCAGAGGAGCUCCCAUUUGAUGACAAUCAGUUUGACUUAUACACUAUUGCAUUUGGCAUAAGAAAUGUCACUCACAUAGAACAAGCUCUACAAGAGGCUUUCCGGUCCCUUAAACCAGGUGGAAGAUUCUUGUGUUUAGAAUUCAGCAAAGUGUCGAACCCUCUGCUUGCGAGGCUGUAUGAUGCAUAUAGUUUUCAGAUGAUCCCUGUGAUGGGAAAAGUGAUCGCCGGAGACUGGAAGUCAUACCAGUAUCUGGUGGAGAGCAUCCGAAAAUUCCCAGACCAGGAAACAUUCAAAGAUAUGAUUGAGGAUGCUGGCUUCCUCUGUGUCCAAUAUUUCAACCUGACUGGGGGAAUUGUUGCCAUACAUUCAGGGUUCAAGUUAUGAGUGUUUCUUCCCCUGUGCAGUCAGUACACUUUCCUACGACUCUCCCACCCAAUGAACACUGACAAGAGAGCGAGCUGCAAACAGAGAAAUUCAUCAACACUCACCGGUUGCUUGUGAACUCCACUUCACAUGAGGACCAUGCAAUGUUUUAUAACAUGAAAAUAUGCGAUGAGUUGUGCUUGUGAAAAUAAAAAACACUCAAAUGUGUUAACUUUAAUAAAACCAUAUAUUUUAGGAUCUUUGUACACUGUUACAAAACUGUAGUACAUUUUUUAAAUCAGUUUUUGGUCAGAGAAUAUUUAAUUGUCUUGUGUGCAAUUACCAUGUAUUUACAAAGUCUCUUAUUAGUGAUCACCAAAAAAAAAAAAAAACUCAGACACUGAACAUAAGACAUGGCUUAAAGAUAAAUAUAUUAGUCAAUAAAUAUUCAGAGAACAUAUUUCCAUUUAUGAAAUGUGAUGCUAUACAGAUACAGAAAUAUACACAGAUCAAGCUCUAGCCUUUAACAUUUGUAAAAUGAUUAUGGAGAAAAUUAUAUCUUAAAAAAACAAAAUACAAAAUAUUAAUUUGUACACAUUUUCUUUUAUACAAUCUUAAGUGCUACAAACAUUACGAAAUAUUAAAUAGUGACUCGAGUACCCCAAAAAUGAUAUAUUUGCAGUACAUAUCUCUAUGCAAGGCAAGAGUAGAUUCUCAUGUUACAGCAACGUUUUAGUCUAUGUAUAAAUAAAAAGUUACUUUAAAACAACGGCCGUGUAAGCUGUAUGGGUACAUUUCAUAGAAACAGUAUAAAAUACUCUGUAAAAACAGAAAGGCAAGAUGAUAUGAUGGUGAAUAUUUGUAAAAGCACGAGUGCAAGUGUGUAUUAUGUGAUUAAAAAUAGUUAUGUAUGCUCCUGUGUGUUUAUGUGUAUACAUACACACACAACUGCAUUCAAAUCUCUUUAAACAAUUAUACUUUGGUGUCUUUCUGACAAACUGUUAGCAUGUAAUUAACAACAACAAAGGAAUAGAACAACUUCCCAGGAUCAAUUACUACAAGCUCUGUACCUCUAACACUAGAGUUGUCUGGUUUUGCUUCUACCAGUGGUGUUUGACUUUAGCCCCGGAGACAAACUAAACUUUGGUGUGAUGGACAUGCAGCUCAGUAGUCUCCACUGAUAACAUUGAUUAUUCAAAAAAAAAAAAAAAAGUGUGAGCAAAAGCUUUUUGAAUUGGUCUGACUCUGUACUAAAAAGAUAAAUGCCCUGAGAGAAUAAAAGAAAGGUGUACAUUUUCAAGAGCGAUUUACACCUAUUUACGUUUUCAGUGAGAAAUGACCUUAGCACCUGAUGUGCACUCCCAUGUUCUUGAAAUGUUCCAUUUUGGUUUUUAUUUCGCUAAAAAAUAGCAUAUAGUUGAUUGAGAUGCCGUAUUAAUUCUUGCAUGCAUGCAAUUCUGAAUUAGUGUAAAAAGACCAUUCAAAUCAUAUUAAAGAGAGCAGCAUGCAAAUAAUGACACUCCACCCUCUUAAGUUUGACUCACAUUUCUGACUUUGUGUAGCAUAUGGAAGCAUGUGAAAUAAUAAUAAAAAAAAAAUUGUAAGCUUUGUACUUUUGCCUUCUAUUUCUUCAACAACCAUUGUGUUGAUGUGACAGAUUCUGAAGGUCACAGGAAUGAACAAGAUCACCACGCCAAAGAAAAAUGGUAAAAUCUCGAUUUGAAACUCAAACCACUCGAAUCUGUUAAGAACACUCCAGAGUUUAGACACAACUACUCAAAGUUGUUUAAAAUGUAUUGAUUCACAAG